UUGUUCGCACUUUUGUUUUGGUUUCUUUAUUCGCUUCGUACAAAAUUGUUGUAGUUUUUGUUAAAACUAAACGGGAUUUUGUUUAAAAAUAACAUUUUCAAAAUUGGUUUAAAUUUGCAUGAUUUUGUAUAUAGCUACUAUCGUUGCGCUCGCUACAAACUGAACUGCCCUGGACGAUGUACGGUAAGCGAUGACGGAGUUGUCCAGAACUCCAGUCCUCAUGAUCACCCCCCGGAGGCGGAUCGCUUGGCAGUGGAUCGUUUCCGGAAGGCGCUAUCGCGACGUGCGGCCACAGAGAGGACCGAUCUGCACGAAAUUUACCUAGAAGAAGCAACCAGCCGGCAUGUUGAGGCUUCCAUGCUUUACACCUUUCCGCAGGCGGAGUCCUGUAUGAGGAAAGCACGUCGGAAACUGCUUCCCAUGGAACCCAGCGGAAUGGAUGAGUUGGGGAAUUUGUUGGAGGGGUCGGAUUUAUUCCGGAUACACUGUGGAAGCAAUAGGGACGGGUUCUACCAAACGACAGUUGGUUCUGAUGAGGACAGAGCUCUGAUCCUGUGGCAUAAAAGAACCCUCGUUGCGAUUGGAAGAAUUGAUACUUUAUUUGUAGAUUGCAGUUUGGAAGUCUGUACAAGAGGAUCAACCAAGUAUCAUGUAUUGCUGGGAAUGGCAAUUUUCUGCAACAGAGGUGUUCCUGUGAUUUAUUCCAUCAUGACGGAUAAAACGUAUGCCAUUUUGGCGAGGAUAUUUUCAUACAUCAGAGAGCAGUUGCAUAUGGCGCCAGACUUGAUAAUUUCAGAGCCCGAUGGCAUGAUUUAUAGUGCAUUGGAAAUGAGUUUUCCGAAAACUACGGUGAAGGUUUACUGGUAUCACUACAUGGCAGCAAUAUUGGAACGAUACCAUGAAUAUAAUUUCGGAGUUCAAACCCCACGUGGAUACGCGAACAGUGCCUUGAGGAUGUUGUUGGUAUUGCCUCUACUUCCAGCCGAAUAUAUGGGAAAUGCCCUCGACUCACUGAUGAAUUGGAUGGACAAGAAAAAUAUCUUAUCGGUAAAUCUUCGCAGUCUUUGUGACUAUGUGAGUACCUUCUGGCUAGCCGUUGUUGGAGCAAAGCGACUUUCCUUGUUUAAUCACACACGAGGAACAUCUUGCGUAGCAAACAACUUUCUCCACAAAUUCCGACUUGAGAAUAAUGUUAAGCAACAGUCAAUCUGGCAAAUGCUGGAAACGUUAACCCGGCUAGCGACUAAACAAUAUGUGAUAAUAAAUAAGAACCUUAGAAAAAUGACUGGCAGUAGCUGUAAAACGAAAAGCAAAACUCAGGUGGUGCAGGAAGAAACAAUCAAAAAAGCUAAAGACCUAUGGCUACAAAUGCCUGAGGAUCUCAAAGAUCCUUUCCAAUUUCUACAAGCGUGCAGCCAUUGCAUUGAUAAGGAUAUGCUAACCAAAAGGCCUUCGAUGUUAGGGAGUGAAAAAGCAGUACAUCGACCGCUUGUAAAUGGAUUUGAUUGCCCAUUGGAAAUACCAAUGGUAGCGCAAAACAAUCCAAAUAAUACAUUGAUUUUGCAAAACCCUAAUGUACCAAGGCAUUCUGAGAACAUCCCGUCAGUAGAGAUAGAACCUCCUCCAUUAGCGUUUUUCCCAAAACUAAGACAAGUCGAACCAAAAAAGGUAACAAACAUAUGCCAGACAGAGCCUCCUCCGCUUGUACCGUUCGUUACAGUAAACUACGAACGACCAUCGGUACCCUUGAGUACAAUCGAGUAAAGUUCAUAAAAUGGAAGAUUCUCAAAAUUUUAAAUAAAGACUUACUAGUUUAGAUGGUAAUUUAUAUAAAUAACGUUAAGAAUUAAAGGGUUCGUAGAACACUUUAUUAAAAUGAGAAAUAAAUCUGUUUCAUUAAAUGAAAAAUUUA